AGCGCCUGAAGGUUGCCGCACUCUGACUAGCGAACGUCCAACUACCACCCUUCUUGAGAGACCUUCCUCUACAUCCAUUCUGACGCUGUUGAAGCCUGUGGUCCUCGCUUUAUGAUCCCACAUAUCUCCCUCAACCUGAUUCAAUUCGAGCGGAGCCACAUUGCGUGUUGCCUGCGUUCCGAAGGCCGUUCUUGUUCGUGGCGGCAUACUCCUCAUCCUUUGUUCAGCCAUGCCCGAUCCUCCUGAGCGCCUUGCUUGGUCUGAUAUCUCCGCACGUCUUGAAAACCUCAGAAAUCUUCUCACCUCGGAGCGGCAUCUUGGCGUCGAUCACGAAAGAGCAUUUGAAGCACUUGACAGGGAGAUGGGGGACCAGAUUGCAGCUUAUGAGGCAAAUGAUGAGAGACAGGACCGAUUUUUAUCUUCUGACCUCACCCCCCGAGAACGAAGAAGAAGAGAGUUCGGCACACGCUUCCGUGACCAAGACACGUCUGAGAGUCCUGCCCAAGCCAACAGCCCAUCCAGCCUCGUGCGAAGUCGGCGGAGAGCCUUCAGGCCUAGUGAACGUCUGCAGAGAUCCCAAAGAGAAAGACUCGGACAAAGCGGUAGACCUACCGUCUCUGAGGCAUAUGUGCCACCCUCCAACGAGUCGCCUGCUUCGCCAGCUCAAUCAGCCAGUGAUCGCGGAGAUGGGCCGAGAUCAAAACGGAGGAAAUUGACCGACGGUACUUACGAGGAUGAACCACGAACGUUUAGAUAUGGUCACUAUUGUCGGGUCGAGCCAGGCCACCUGAAGAUGGAAAUCAUCAGCUGUGAUGGUGGAGAAUAUUCGGAUCCUCAUAUGCCCAUCAAUUCCUACCCGCGGAAUGUCCUACUAGACGAUACCAGCGUCUACUGCACCAAGUCCAACAAAUGCAACCUCUUACUGAAGCACAUAGGCGGCAUGCCCUUCACCCUGACUGAGAUCAUUGUCAAAGCCCCACGUGCUGGGUACGAUGCGCCAAUUCAAAAUGGCUUGAUUUUCGUUGCAAUGGAAGAUGACAAUCUCCUCGACCGGACUUCCCAAUACGAUGUACACUGGUCCCCAAAAAGCUACCGCCGUCAACGGCACAGACCAGAUGGGUAUCGGCCCUCCCAGGAAUAUAUGAACUCCGCAAGAUCUCCCCUCAGGUCCAUUGAUCGUUCGAGAUAUCUCAACAAUCCCACCAGUUCCGAAGAAGACCCUCAUCCUGAGGUGUCUCUCGUUCCCGGGUUUCACAUUUCAGUGGCAGACCCAUCGGAUGGAGAAGACGACGGAAACGGGCCAGUAUCGCCGCGACCGUGGCACGACGACGAAUAUUCGUUGAGGUCAUAUGUCGACCGAUACCGGCCAGUGUAUUUCGAAAACGAGCGUAACGAUGGCCCAAGAUCUAACUCGAGCGACUCAGAAGGCUAUGAGCCCGAUAUCCCGCACGAAGCAAGAGAAUCUGGGGAAAUCGGACGACUGCAACGACAGCAACUCGAUCUCGAAAAUACACUCGCGCAUCGGAAUCGUAUGCUGGACCUUAUGCGGGCACAGCAAAUCCGUGAGAGUGAUGAAUUCUUUGGAAGUCGUAGCCGGGAAGGCGAGGUUGAAGAAGACAGCUCGUACAACCGUCGCUCAACUUCAAGCCGGAGCGGAGCUCGACCAUUUGCUGCUGCACUAGGGACGCCGGGCCCGGCUUAUCCCUCGGAAGAACAUGGUAGCCUCUUAACAGAGGCUGAAGCAUCGAGCUCCAAAACGACUUCGAAUGGAGUGGCAGCCAGCUCCUCUGCUAGAGCCGGCGUUGCACCACAUGCUUUGUUCUUCAUCAGCCGAAACAAAUCUAGCACUGAAAUCAAAUUUGACCCUCCGGUGUGAGUGACGAACCCCCUUUUCAUUGUCGGUGGUGAGUCAAGGACUAAGAUUAUCUGCAGGUCGGGCCGUUAUAUUCUUGUCAAACUAUGGGCGCAAUGUCCCAACGCUAACAUCGACAUUCAGGCUAUCCUGGUGCACGGAUAUGGUGGCCCUCGUUUCUUCCCAAGCGUAGAGAUGAGGUGACGCGCAAAGGUGAUGUUCAGAAGUCUGGGAAUGACUUCUGACACUUUGAUUGUUUGGAGUACAUGCGAGCCCUCAGAAUACCUCGAUGGUUUCGGUUUUUGGAGUAGCGUUGGAACUUGAUGCUUCUCAGAGAGCAUCACCAAUCAAUCACAGAGUAACCUGCCAGAGCCUUUCGCUUCAGGUUUUGAGGAGUAUAAUGUUACUAUUUGAAGAUAUAUAAACUCAUAGGUUAAUGCAGAGGCGUCUUGUUUAUUGCUACGGCAGAAAAUGAC